AUGGAGUCCAAUCCCAACGAAAUUUUGUUUCCUAAUCAGGCAUCGGAUGCCGGUUCAAUCCAUCUAUCUAGUGAUCCGGGAAACGAAGCCCCCAGCAAGCCCUCUGCUGAUGAACAUGACUCCGAAAUCGAAGAUCAAUACGAUGGCAUCUCGGAGCUUGAAGAUGGCUCUAAAGAGGUUUUUAACUCCAUGGAGGAAGCAGAGGCCUAUCUUAAGUCUUUUGCAAGGAUCAAUGGCUUCGCGGUCCUUAAACGAAGCACCAGCAAGUACCCUAAAUGUUAUGGAGAAGUUAACUUUAUCGAUUUCGAAUGCCACCGCGGAGCAGUGCCUACACCAAAGAAGAACCCUCUCCCUGAGCCUACUCCUCCUCCAAAGCCUCGAAGCGCUGGAUCCUACCAAAUCAACUGCCCGUUCAAAGUUAUUGUCAGGCGCCAAACCCCAACUGCAGUACUUGAAGUUAUUCAUGGCUCUCAUAAUCAUGAGCGGACUGAGGACUCCUCUAUCCCCGACCGGCGCAGAGAGUAUAUCGAGGACCACAAAGGAGAGAUCUUUGGCCUAAUGUCUGGUGGAGCUGGCUGCCAUCCUCGACACGUUAUGGAUUAUCUAAAGCGUAUGGAGGAGCCUUGCCCUCUAAGGAUCAAAGAUCUCUACAACCUUCGCGAUAAGUUCCAACGUCAGUUCCUAGAUGGCAAAACACCAACUAAAGCGCUUAUCAACUAG